CUCUCUUUUCCCGGCGUGCCCCGCGCCCGCGCUGGCUGUCUCUGGCCACGUCCCCGGGCCACGUCGCUCGGUGCCCGCUGAGCUCUCGCCAUCUUCGGUCGGCUCCCCCGGCGCUGCCUUCCCCCCCCGGUCCCGCUCCGCCACCGCCAUGAACGUCUUCCGCCUCACCGGGGACCUGUCCCACUUGGCGGCCAUCAUCAUCCUGCUCCUCAAGAUCUGGAAGACCCGCUCGUGCGCCGGUAUAUCUGGGAAAAGCCAGCUUCUCUUUGCACUGGUCUUCACUACUCGUUAUCUGGAUCUCUUCACUUCAUUCAUUUCAUUUUAUAACACUUCUAUGAAGCUUAUCUACGUUGCUUGUUCGUAUGCCACAGUCUACCUGAUCUACAUGAAAUUUAAGGCUACCUAUGGUGGGAACCAUGAUACUUUCAGAGUGGAGUUUCUUGUGGUUCCAGUUGGUGGGCUGUCAUUCCUCGUCAAUCAUGACUUCUCUCCUCUAGAGAUCUUGUGGACCUUCUCCAUCUACCUGGAGUCCGUUGCUAUCCUCCCUCAACUUUUCAUGAUCAGUAAAACCGGGGAAGCGGAGACCAUCACCACCCACUACCUUUUCUUCUUGGGCCUGUACCGUGCCUUGUACCUCAUCAACUGGAUUUGGCGCUACUACUUUGAGGGAUUCUUUGAUCUCAUAGCCGUGGUGGCUGGCGUGGUUCAGACUAUUCUGUACUGUGACUUCUUCUAUUUGUAUGUUACGAAAGUACUCAAAGGAAAGAAGCUCAGUUUGCCAGCAUAAGUGCCAAAACCCAAUCAUCAGCAUCUGUCAUCCUGGAUGCUUAGAACAAUCCUGACCACAAGCAAAAGGUGAAGGUGUUUGAGACAGGAAGUCCCCAAACCUUUUCUCGCGGAGGGUCAUCGGUGGGCUCUGUAGGACCAGAGGACAGCCAGCUGACUUCUGUUUGAUGCAUCUUUGCCCUCUAUCUUUUUUUAUUACUAUGUAUAAAGAUUUUUUACAUAAAGAAACUUAAUACUGUGUGAAUUAAUUCAGUGUGUAGGUUCAAUUGGGAUAGUUCCAAAAGUGAGGAAAUUUUUUUUUUGGCGUGUGGGGUUGUUUAUGACCAGGAAUAAGUGCAAAUGCUUUUUUUAUUUUCCAAGGAUUUUUUUUUCAAUUACUGACUUUGUUUUGGGGCACAAAAAUGUGUGCUGAGUGAUGGAUGGUAACAAUUUUGAUUUCAGCUUCCAUUCCACUGUAUUUAUUUUUUUCCUCCAAAAGCU